AAUUCCCAAAAUCGACCAUCCUCAAAUGAUGAAACAGUUCCGCCCAUCUCCUUGUGUAAUGUUCUGGUUAAAAUUAUAUCUAAAGUUCUGGUCACACGGCUAAGGCCAUUUCUUGAUGAACUUAUUGGGCCAUGUCAAAGUAGCUUUCUGCAGGACGCUCUACACAGGAUAACAUCAUUGUAGCUCAAGAAAUCAUUCACUCUAUAAAGAACCGCAAAGGUAAAGGCGUAGCAAUGGCAGUGAAGGUGGACCUCGAAAAAGCUUAUGACAUGAUUGAUUGGCAAUUCUUGGAGGAUACUCUAUGCUUUUUCGACUUUCCUUCCUCAUGGGUGCAGCUUAUCAUGUUCUAUCUCCACAACUCUCGAACUGCAGUUCUCAUCAACGGGGAGCCCACGGAAUACUUUGCCCCAACUAGAGGUUUACGCCAAGGUACAAAUACACCGAAAUAGGGACAUGGUGGCAACAAAAUCACUUGGGUUCAGGCUCAAAUCAUCUGACAAAUUGGU